AUUUCACUCACCCCCUUCACCCUCUUCGUUACAAAAUCUGCGUAUAUACAUUCAAAUAUCGAUAAGAAAAUAUAUUUCCAACAUCUGUGUGUAUCAUAUAUAUCUGUAUGCGAUAUUCUCUUGGAUUUUUGAAUCAAAUUCGUUUUAUCCUUCUCCAUUCUGAUUCAUUGGUUGAUAUUAUUGCUGCUUGCAAACCUAGAUUCCCGCUGCAAUGGCGGUCGUUUGAAGGUUUUGAUCGCAGUUUUUGAUAAUCGUUCUGGAGUUACAAAAGUAAGGGUUUGAGGAAUUAAUAGAAACGCAAACAUGUUUGACGCGAUAUUAAGAAGCAAGUUUUACUCGAAAUGCAAGUCAGAAAUCAAGAUGACAAGAAGGAGAAUUGAGAUUAUAAAGAGAAAGAGGAACGCAAUGCAGAAGUUUCUGAGGAACGAUGUUGCUGAUCUUCUUAAGAACGGUCUUGAUUCCAAUGCCUAUAGCAGGGUUGAACAGUUAUAUGUUGACCAAAAUCUGUCAUCAUGUUAUGAAUUUGUCGAACAAUCAUGCUUGCUCAUUCUAAAUCAUCUCUCAAGCAUGGAUAAGCAAAGGGAAUGCCCAGAGGAAUGCAAGGAAUCUAUCUCAACUCUGAUGUUUGCUGCUGCAAGAUUUGCUGAUUUGCCAGAAUUGCGUGAACUGAGAAGUUUAUUUGCUGAAAGAUAUGGGAAUUCUCUUGAACCUUAUGUCAACAAAGAGUUUGUGAAGAACUUGAAGGCAGAGACUCCCAGUGAGGACAUAAAGAAUGUAAUGAUGCUAGAGAUUACACUGGAAUAUGGUAUAGAAUGGAUUCCCAAGGCUUCAGAACAUAAAUUAUACAAACCACCUCAGUUUGUACAGGAUUCGUGUGAAUAUGUGAAUGAAAGAAACAAACAAUUACCUAAACUUCAUCAUCAAAAUGGGGUUGAAACAGAAAAGAAACAAAGUCAAGUUGCAAAAAAGGAGCAUAUAAUUGAAAAUGAAUUCCCAUACAAAUACAAAUCUUGGGCUGAAGCUGAAGUUGAAACGAAAAAUAAUAAGCAGAGGACUGGAAACAGUUUGCCAUACAAGUCAAGGGGUGAAGUUGAAAAGAAAGAGAAAAAGGAGGAGGAGGAGGUGAAAGUCAAACAUUCCCCUUAUUGGUCAAGUACAAGUAGUAGUAGUUCCACAACUAGCCAAGAUGAUAGUAGUAGCAGCAGUAGUAGUAGUGCUUCUGAGGAUGUAGGAGGAGUGGAAGGAAGAAAGUUUUAUGAUGCAAUAAUAAGGUCAACGCCUCCUCCUUACUUGAAACCAGAUAAGUAUACAUUAAGGUCAGUGGGUCCUCCUUACAUCAAAACAGAGGUGGCAACGAAUUCAAAUGUUACACUUAUCACACCUCCUAAGCAGCAGCCAGCAGUACCAAGAUCAAUGAGGGUUCGGAGACCAUUACAGGCAGUGUCAGGCUCUCAAGGGCACAAUGAAAUUUCAAAAGCAACACCCAAAGUUUCAUAUGAUGAUGAUGAUGAUGAUGAAGAAGAGGAAGAGAAUAAUAAAAGAGUCAGGGAGAGAAAGACGUUGAACAAAUUAGGUUGUGAUUUUAGACAAUCAGUAUCAGCUCAUGCUCCAACACGAAUAACUUCACUUCCUGUUGAGGUGGAAUCUUCGGAAACAGAGGAAACUAAAAAAGGGCUUGCGAGGGCUGUUACGGAUUUGAGUCAAGGCCAUGGACAUGGACAUGUGCAUCCUAAACUUCCUGAUUAUGAUGACUUUGUAGCAAGAUUAGCGGCUUUUAGAGCCACCAAUACUACUUCAUAGAAGUUUUGUGUAGAUUGGUUUGGUUAUGUCAUAUGUGUAAUGUGUUUUUGGUUACAGUUUCAGCGUCUUGCUGUUGACUUUGGUAGGAUUAGAGAGUUGUAAUACGAUGUUCAAAUUGUUACAAGUAUAUGAAAUUUAUUAAUUUUUCA